CUGCAGACCAAACACCCACCAAAACACCCCAACCAAAACCCACCCUGCCGCCGCAUGCAUCCCUCGCCACCAUCCCCGUCCGUGGACCGUGGUUCUGACUUCUGACCGGAGGUGGAUUAAUUGACCUCCAAGAGGACCAAGACUUUUUCGCAGUAGUAGCUCCACCCGGCUCGUGAAACUCCCGAGCAGUUAAUGGAUUCCCUCCCGUCAGGCAAGAGCCGAUGGACGCUCUGCUCCCUCCUAUGCCUCUGCCUCCUCUCGGCCGGCCUCCUCCUCUGUUCCCGCCCGUCCUUCCCGGCUCCGCGCCCCUGGGAGCACUUCUCCAGGGUGCAGGUGCAGCAGGCGGCUACCUCCUCCUCAUCGCCCCAUCCCAGCGCUGCCGCCGCUUACCAUGAUCAUCGGCUCGCAGUGCCGCCGGCACCGGCCCCGGACACGAGUUCCAGCGAUCUUGCCGAGGAGGAGGAGAUGGCGACCGGCAGUGCGCCGGCUCCGGCACCGGGGCCGGCAUCGGCAUGGGACGGAGAGGAGGAAGAGAAGUGCGAGGCGUGGGACGGGGAGUGGGUGCAGGACCCGGCGGGGUACCCGCUGUACGAGGCGGCGGAGUGCCCGUUCCUGAGCGACCAGGUGACGUGCCGGAGGAACGGCCGCCCGGACUCUGGAUACGAGCAGUGGCGGUGGCAGCCCAACGGGUGCGGCCGCGGCGGCAGUAGGAGGAGGAGGAGGUUCGACGCCGGCGUGGCGGCGCUGGAGCAGUGCCGGGGCAGGCGGCUGGUGUUCGUGGGCGACUCGCUGAACCGCAACAUGUGGGAGUCGCUCGCAUGCAUCCUCUACACGGCGGUGCCCGACCGCUCGCGCACGCGCAUCGACGACGUCAGCUCCGAGUACAGGAUCUUCCGCGCCAUGGAUUACAAUUGCUCCGUGGAAUUCUUCUGGAACCCGUUCCUUGUAAAGCUCGAAACUAAGCAAGAUCGAACCAGGGCUCUCAAGCUGGACCAGCUCCCGGCCAUGCUGCAACAGGUGAUCGGCGCAGAUGUCCUCGUCUUCAACACCGGACACUGGUGGACUCACACCGGCAAGCUCAGGGCUUGGGACCACCUAGAGAGAAACGGCGUGCAUGUUAAGAUGGAUGGAGAGGAAGCCUUCAACCGAGCACUGAGGACUUGGGCAAGAUGGGUAGAUCACAACGUAGAUCCAACCAGAACCAGGGUCUUCUUCCGAAGUGUCUCACCUGAACACAAGAGUUCAAAUUGGUGCUACAGUCAGACAUCUCCAAUCACAAAUGGAACAGUCGUCCCAUGGUUCCCAAAGAGCCUAAUAUCCAUCGUUGAGACGAACAUACAAAGCAUGAGUACACAUGUUACAUAUCUGAACAUCACUCAUCUUUCUGAGCUGCGGAUUGACGCACAUCCAUCAGUGUACACUACCAACCGGGAAGGAAAGCCUCUCACAAUGGAGCAACGGCAUCAACCAAUCAUCUAUGCUGACUGUAGCCACUGGUGCCUACCAGGGCUACCUGAUACCUGGAAUGUAUUAUUACUUGCUUCCUUGAUGAGAUCUCCCGCUGAUGUACACUUAGUACGAAAGGAUAAGUGAAAUACAUUUUUGCAGCUUCACAA